AUGACUCCUCCUUUGAGUCACCGUGGAGCCAUUUCCUCAGGAGAUGGCCUUUCUCCGACUCCGAAGAAGCGUACUACUACAUCGAGUGAGUCAUUAGCUCAGAGGGUAAUGAUUAUGAGGAGCAAUUUCCACCACUUAAUGGUUCUAAGAAUAAGAAUGGCAAAGGUUCGCGACCAAAGGAAUUUGGGAUGUAGAAAAAAGGACCUAGGUCCGAGGAAGAGGCCGGUUUUGACUAUUAAAAGAUAUGAUACAAGUGUCCAAGAAGAAGCUAAUGGGCCAACCGAUGAAGUUGGCUUUGGUACUUGUUCUAAUCAUAAUGGUAAUGGCACACGAAGAAAUUAUCUUGAUCGUACCAACCAUUCUACGCUGAAUAAGCGUUCACAAUCUCAAACUCGUUCUACAAAGUGGAAUCACAAAAAUCCGGGUUGUAAUAAUAGGGAUCAAAGUCCUAAGGGGAGACAGAAGUCGCCUUUUGACAUUUGUUCUUCAGUCCGUAGAGGAAAUGAUAGAUGCACAACAGAUGAGUUUGUAGAGGAAGACGCAAACGGGGAGGAAACAGGGAAGACUGUUGAACUUAGUAACAAACACAGAGUUCUAAGGCCUGGAAUGGUGUUACUUAAAAACUAUCUUACGCAUGAUGUACAGGUUGACAUAGUCAAAACUUGCCAGGAGCUUGGUGUUAAAACACAAGGAUUUUACCAACCGGGUUAUAAAAAGCUGUUUCAAAGCUUCGUCUGCAAAUGA